GCUUCUCCGAGGGAAGGAAGAAGAGGAAGCCGCGAUGGACUGGGAGGAAACUUAGGAGUCACGAAUGUGGUGGCUAAGAGGACACGACUGACCGAAACGAAGCGAGGCGCUCCACGGAAGGCCAAGAUGUUCCCGGGCGGGCGAGGGGGGGGGACGCUCCUCACCUGGCCCCGCACGUGUCAAGCGCGUUUGGCCACCCCAGCCAAUCUCGGCUCGAGGAGCUGUGACCGCCCUCGCGCAGAGCACACCAAUCGGAAGCCACGCUCCGGGACCGCCGUCCUGGUCUCAUGAAUAAUGAAUGAGACGGGAGCCUUCCGCGGACCGGGCGGGGACGGAGGGAGGCGGGGGUGAGGUGGCGCGUCUGCGCAGUGCUGCCCGUGUCAGCAGCUGCGGCGGGUCGAGCCGCUCCGGCCCAUCUCGGGGUGCGGGCGGGGGAGGCAAGGCGCAGGAGCGGGUCUCAGGGCACGAUGUCCGACGCGGGCGGCGGGAAGAAGCCGCCUGUGGAGCCGCAGGCGGGGCCGGGCCCGGGGCGUGCUGCUGGGGAACGGGGCCUCUCGGGCUCCUUCCCUUUGGUCCUGAAGAAGCUGAUGGAGAACCCCCCGCGCGAGACGCGCCUCGAUAAGGAAAAGGGGAAGGAGAAACUGGAGGAGGACGAGUCGGCAGCAGCCAGUACCAUGGCCGUCUCUGCCUCCCUCAUGCCGCCCAUCUGGGACAAGACCAUCCCCUACGAUGGUGAGUCUUUCCACCUGGAGUACAUGGACCUGGAUGAGUUCCUGCUGGAGAAUGGCAUCCCUGCCAGCCCAACCCACCUGGCCCAGAACCUGCUGCUGCCCGUGGCAGAGCUUGAAGGGAAAGAGUCUGCCAGCUCUUCCACAGCGUCUCCACCGUCCUCCUCUACUGCCGUCUUUCAGCCCUCGGAAACGGUGUCCAGCACAGAAUCGUCCUUGGAAAAGGAGAGGGAGACUCCAAGUCCCAUUGACCCCAACUGUGUGGAGGUUGAUGUGAACUUCAAUCCUGACCCUGCUGACCUGGUCCUCUCCAGUGUGCCAGGUGGGGAGCUUUUUUAACCCCCGGAAGCACAAAUUUGCAGAGAAGACCUGAAGCCACAGCCCAUGAUCAAAACCAAGAAAGUCUUUGUUCCUGAUGAGCAGAAGGAUGAAAAGUAUUGGACAAGACGUAAGAAGAACAAUGUGGCAGCCAAACGCUCCCGGGAUGCCAGGCGCCUGAAAGAGAACCAGAUCACCAUCCGGGCCGCCUUCCUGGAAAAGGAGAACACAGCCCUGCGGACGGAGGUCGCUGAACUUCGCAAGGAGGUGGGCAAGUGCAAGACCAUCGUGUCCAAGUAUGAGACCAAGUACGGGCCCUUGUAACCUGUGCCCCUUGCCCCGCAGGGCACUGCCUGCACUUCAGACCUCUGCCUGGGGCUCCCAGGACCCCACACUCGUGUGGAGACUUAGGACUCUUCAUGGGCACAUGGUCUGCUCUAGGAGCGUUCAAACGUCUCCGCCUUCAUUAAAACAUGGCCAGCACACGUGGUGACUUCCCCAGGGGAUCAGGCUCCUCUCUGAGGGGGAAGCAUGAGUGAAUCUACGUAGACGGGUAAACGGCCCCAAGUUUCUCUUCUUGGAUGUCCCAGCUGAAUCAGAAGGGACCUCUGGAGGUCCAGAGCUUCUCCACAGUGCUCAGGCUUUCCUAGCCUUCCCUCAGUCUUCAGUCUGGACUGACAAGGGCUGUCUACAGAAUGAGUCAUGAUUGUUGUCACCCUCAUGUUGUCUCAGGUAGCAGGUGCAUUUCCACUUGGGGUGUGUCUGUCAUGCACCUCAUUGUCCCCAAAAAUUCUUUGAGAGAAACAUUCAUUCCCAUCUGUCUCAGAGGCCAGGACACCCUAAUACUCUGUAGUGUGUGGAGGGUGGUGGGCCACGAGAGUGGGGUCUCUGCAUAGCCUGGAAUUGGAGUGGAGUUUGGGGCUACCAGCAGAAGUGCAUCCUACCCUUCUUAGCUCCCACAUCCAUCCCUUUUAUCUUGUGGCUCUCAGACCUGAAGCAGCCCUGGAAUCAGCUCCCUCUACAUCCCACUUGCUACGGAAGAGACAUUCCCAGGGUGGCUGCUCUCUGGGCUCCAAUUGCCAGCACCUAGGGAGGCUUUCAUACCUCCAGGCCAGUCUGGAGGCUCCUGACUUCCGCUUGCCUGGCUUCUGGUUAUUCUCACCCAGUAACCAUUCUCAGAUCUUAGGCUUAAAAAGAAACCCCAUCACCUAGGAAACUUAAGCUUCCUAGUCCAGGGUACCAAUUAAUUCUACAUGGCAUUUAGGAAACUGGCCUCCACAGCCUCCUGUUGUGGGCACCAGAGUGAGGGGCUGUCUCUUGUGACGCUCCAUUGGUUCCUUGCUCUGACUCACUGAUGUGUCCCAGGCCAGAAUCCAGUCUCCCUAAAGGCAGAAAAGAGCCUUUCACUUCUCAGACAGAAUCCUCUCCGUGAGUAUCAGGGUGCAGCCUCAUAGGAGUGCAACUUGCCGAAGUCACAGUACAGAUCUCAAAGAACAGCAGCUCUGGAGACAUUUACACUGGCCUGGAGUCCCUCAGUCUUGGUCUCAGGAGUCAGGGGCCACACAGGUCUGGCCAUGGAGUGGAGCGAUUCUUGCAGCUUUGGCUUCCUCUGCCUCACAGCUGCACCCUUCUCUUACGUUUGACUGAACUUGUCCUCUUGCUCUGCCCCGAGAGUUGGCUUACGGACAU